AUGAACCCGACGCCCUCAAUGUCGGGUCGUUCUUCGAUUCUCAAGAACAUGACCAAGUUAGGCUUGCGCUCUGGGUCAGAACCAGCUAAAAUUAUCUAUUACGCGACCAGGGGCAGGCGGGACGUCCUCUCGAGAUUCGGGGGACAUUCAGCCGCGAAAUUAUCGUACCAUCUUAGCUCUCGAGCCAUCUUUGCCACCGAGAGGCGGUAUAUAAGUCGUUCCAUCUGCUCGAAGAUCCGUUGCUUCAUCUCUCAAAAUGCCCCGCGCCGCAUAUCAAAUCCCUCUUCUCUUGCAUUUGACGCAGAUAUGCUCCGGACCGUUGGACAGACUGGGUCGCUGACUGGAGAGCCACCACAAAUCCGAAUCGGAGCGAACAGCGAAGACCAUACGAACUUCAACCCUAACGUAGAAUUCGCUCAACUGAUAUUUCCGGCCCCAUCUGCUACCGUACCAUACCCGGAAGCCAUUAACAUAACGGUUGGAGAUGGCUAUUACGCGACUGCCAAAUUUCUCCCACCAAACACACACGUCAUCUGGGGUCUGAAUCUGGGGCAGAACAAUAUAACCUCGGCCUUCCUGAACGCGAAGUCGCUCGUGAAGGCGUUCGCUUCACCAGCGAUCAAGGAUGCAGGGAUCAAGCUCGACGCCAUCCAGAUUGGCAACGAGGCGGACUUGUACAUGAACAACGGCGCCCGGCCAAGAACGUACAAUGUGACACAAUACGUCAAAGAGUGCGUACUUUCUUUCGUCAUUCUAGAUUCGAGGGCUAAUCAUGGGCGAACACUCCUGGCCUCCACCAUCGAAAUCUACCCUUUAUUUGAAUUCACCGCCAUCUUCAUCAUCAUCUCAACAACUCACACUCUACCUAUAUCGGUUUCGCUGAAUCGGCCACUUAUCUCCUCUGGGUGUCAUUGUCAGAUGGAUCGCGUUCGCUGCGAAUGUGACGGCAGCUGUCGACCUCACAUCGAGUUCGCACACAAAGCUAUGGGGUGCGGGCUUUGCUGGCUCUUCGCAUUCGACGACUGGUUUCUCGCCUCAAGCCAUCUUCGACCAGGGAAUAUUGGCGUCCGCUCCUGGUUCUCUGAUAUCCACGUAUGCACACUUCUCGCUCAAUCUGUGCCUGUUCACCGCUUUAGUUUCAUCGUGCUGAUAUCCCUCCUCGAUGCAAUGCUUAAUUGCCUUGCCGGCCUUCUGCAAGAUUUGAUGACGAAGAGCACUAUUCGAGGCAACUUAUCGAGCUUCACUCCCGAUAUUGCUGUUGUCCGUGGAAAGGGACUGGAUUACGUCCUAGGCGAGACUAAUAGCUACUCUUGCCACGGUGCGCCUGGCGUCAGCAACACCGCCGGCGCGGCCUUAUGGACGCUUGACUAUUUGCUAUAUGCGACGCAGAUCGGCAUAUCUAGAGUCUUCUUCCACGAAGGCAUCGGUUUCAAGUAUAACCUCAUCCAACCAGCAACUCUCACACGCUCAAUCCUCGAUGCCUCGCCCCUCCCAUCUCCCCUCACGCCACACAUCCAGCCACAAUACUACGCCGCCAUCAUCGCGGCCGAGGCGAUCGGGUCGAGCGGCACCACCCGCGCGGUCGAGCUGAUCAUCAACCACUCACGCGUCGCCGGGUACGCGUUCUACGAGGGCGGUGUUCUGGUCCGCGCGCUCUUGAUUAACUCGCAGGCGUUCUUUAUGGGAGACACACAGAGGGAGAGCAUCCAUGUGGAUCUAGGCUUUGUAUCCACGGGCGCUAAUCCGAGAGUCCCGCGGACGAUGAUCGUCAAGAGAUUGUCCAUUCCACAUGCAGAAGACACGACUGGUCUAACGUGGGGUGGGCAGACGUAUGAAACUAGCGACGCACGAGUCAGCGGAGAGUUGAGGGUCGAAGAGGUCGACGUUGCCAGCGGUUUGGAUAUCCAGGAGACGGAGGUUGUCUUACUCAACUUUGAUUGA